AUGCUUUUUUUCUUUCUUCUUUUCUUUCAUUUCAUUCCUUUCUUUCACUCUAUUUCUUUUUUCAUUCUUACUUUCUUGCUUUCCUUCUUUCUUUCAUUGCAUCACUUUUUCUUUCUUUCUUUCUUUUUUACAUUUUAUCACUUUUUGCUUUCUUUCUUUCUUUCUUUCUUUGCAUCACUUUUUCUUUCUUUCUUUCUUUCUUUUUUACAUUUUAUCACUUUUUGCUUUCUUUCUUUCUUUCUUUCAGUUCAUACUAUUUUGCUUUCGUUCUUUCUUUCUUUUCAUCCCUUUUCUCUUUCUCUCUUUCAUUUAAUGCUUUUUUUCUUUCUUCCUUUUUUUCAUUUCAUUCCUUUCUUUCUUUCUACUACUUUCUUUCUUUCUUUCUUUCUUUCUCUUACUUCCUUUCUUCAUCUUUUCUUUCCAUUACUUCUUUUCUUUCUUUCUUUCUUUCUUUCUUUCUUUCUUUCUUUCUUUCUUUCUUUCUUUCAGUUCAUACUUUUUUGCUUUCGUUCUUUCUUUCUUUCUUUUCAUCUCAUCCAUUUUCCUUUCCUUUUUUCUUCCAUUCUAUCCCUUUUUUCUUUCUUUCUUUCAUUUCAUCCCUUCUUUUCUAUUUUUCUUUUGCUAUCCUACUAG